CAACCCCACCGUCACACACUCAAUACCUACUACGCCGUUCUCUCUUACUUCUUUUGAGCUCUGGAUAGCUGUCUGCGUCUGAAGUAGUCUCAGCGCAAGACCCUCGGCCAAUAUGACGAUGCAAGUUGACCUGUCGAACGCGCAGGUGAUGAAAGAUGAGUCCGGGAGGCCGUUUAUCAUAGUGAGAGAUCAGGGCAAGAAGAAGAGGCAGCAUGGCAACGAGGCCGUCAAGUCGCACAUUCUGGCCGCGAGGACCGUCGCGAACAUCGUCAAGACAUCGCUGGGACCGCGAGGGCUAGACAAGAUCCUCAUAUCCCCGGACGGCGACAUCACAGUGACAAACGACGGCGCUACUAUCCUAUCGCAGAUGGAAAUCUCGAAUCACGUCGCGAAACUUCUCGUCGAACUCUCCAAAUCGCAAGACGACGAGAUCGGUGACGGGACGACGGGCGUCGUAGUGCUUGCAGGCGCGCUCCUCGAGCAAGCUGCGGAUCUUAUCGACAAGGGCAUCCACCCCAUUCGGAUAGCAGACGGAUACGACGAGGCCUGCGAGGUAGCUGUAGCGAAGCUGGACGAGAUCAGCGACGAGAUCAAGUUCUCGCGGGAUAACACAGAGGAGCUCUUCAGAGUCGCAAAGACGAGUUUGGGCAGCAAGAUUGUCUCCAAGGCACACGAUCACUUCGCCAAAAUCGCCGUGGACGCCGUACUCUCCGUGGCAGACCUGGAACGAAAAGAUGUCGACUUUGAGCUUAUCAAGGUGGACGGCAAGGUCGGUGGUUCGCUGGAGGACGCACUGUUAGUGAAGGGAGUGAUCGUAGACAAGGACUUCUCCCACCCCCAGAUGCCGUCCGAGGUCAUCGACGCGAAGCUCGCCAUCCUAACAUGCGCAUUUGAGCCGCCCAAGCCGAAGACGAAGCACAAGCUAGAUAUCACCACCGUCGAGGAGUACAAGCGGCUGCAGAACUACGAGCAGAACAAGUUCACCGAGAUGAUUCAGCAGAUCAAGGAUACCGGCGCCAACGUGGUGAUAUGUCAGUGGGGUUUCGACGACGAGGCAAACCAUCUCCUUCUCACCAACAAGCUCCCGGCCGUUCGGUGGGUCGGAGGCCCCGAGAUUGAGCUCAUCGCCAUCGCCACCAACGGCCGCAUCGUACCCCGGUUCGAGGAUUUAAGCGCAGAAAAGUUGGGAAGAGCAGGCAUCGUCCGGGAAUUGACCUUCGGAACCACGCGAGAUAAGAUGUUGGUCAUCGAGGACUGCGCAAACACCCGGGCGGUCACUGUGUUUGUACGGGGCAGCAACAAGAUGAUCAUUGAUGAAGCGAAACGGUCGUUGCAUGACGCCCUCUGCGUUGUCCGAAAUCUAGUCAAGGAUAACCGCAUCGUCUACGGGGGUGGUGCUGCGGAGAUUGCAUGCUCCUUAGCAGUUGAGGACGCCGCGGUCAAGAGUCCCGGUCUCGAACAGUACGCAAUGCGCGCAUUUGCUGACGCACUCGACUCUAUACCCAUGGCACUCGCCGAAAACUCCGGCUUGAGUCCCAUCGAAACUCUUGCCAACAUCAAGUCCCGCCAAGCCAAGGAGAAGAACUCUAGGUUAGGCGUUGAUUGCAUGCAGACUGGAAGCAAUGAUAUGAAGGAACACUUUGUGAUUGAUCCGUUGAUCUCCAAGAGGCAGCAGCUACUGCUCGCGACGCAGCUGUGCAGGAUGGUGCUCAAGGUCAACAAUGUGAUUAUCGCGGGUAGCGACGAGAACGAAUUCUAAGCGCGUCCGAAUGGCGUUGCACUCCACGAGAGGACGUCGUACGAAAACUUCCGAUGCCGGGUGCCCUCUGAUUGGGAGGAGGCGGUCCAUAGCUACGUCACGUCUUAGGCGGAGUGGCUUGACGGACGCAUGCCUUGUAUUAUGUGCAUCAUACCAUAGCGAUUAGCUCCCAAUGAAAAUAUCGCAU